AUCAUGUCUCUGGCCUCUUGCACUCUCUCUCCCUAUGCUCUUCACUAUGCUUGACGUUCGUCGUGUUCUCGAUGCGGCCGGUGUACUCUCCUCGGCACUUCGCGCGAAUGGUGUACCCCAUGCAUUCUACGGGAACGUCUUCACCGCUCUCCUCUCCAAUAGUCCGCAGGCCGAGGAGAUAUUCUGCAUUGUCGAGUUCGGUCCAACGACCCACCCAUUCCGUCGUGUGAGGCAAGCGAUACAGGGCACUCAGCACCUCUCCACGACUGCUUCACCUUGGAGUAAUCGGCUGCAUGUGAUAUGUCACCGCUACAUCCCCCCAAUAGAAAUUGAAAUUCUGGCGGCAGGGGAGCAUGGGCCUCGUCGACUCGACGCGCUCACGAUCAUGCCCCUCAGCGGAGUCCCUUUUCUCUCGAUAUCAGAGUAUGUGCGGGCGAAGCUAAAAUCAUGGUCAAUCCGUGGGUCAGACCUUGACGCACGCGACAUAGUAUUUCUCAUGCGCCAGUACUGGAACAGCAUCGAUAUCAACCGCAUUCCGGAAACCGAUAUGAACUAUUUCGUUGACUCGUUUUCCGCAGCCGCUCCAGCGUGGGCUGCGAUAAAAAGCAAGUAUGGUAUGUAACCGUGACCGGGCGUACAUCGCCGCAUGCCCUGCCAUGCACGGACAUCCACCGUUGCUUGUGGACAUUAUGGAAGUAGUUGUUAGUUAUUCGUUGCUGUAACCGGCGUGGACACAAAAAGGCUUGUACGACGUGUCACGCGGACUGUAUUACUAGGCAGGGAGGCCGGAGGAUUGGACUCGGGGCAGGAGGUUGUCAACUGUUGACCAAGCGGAUUUAUUCUUUAGCAAUGUCACCAUAUUUGGUCGGCCUGUUCAAGCUAUUACAUUCGGCCUCGAGGAAUCAACGGUUUCUCUAUGGCGC